CCACCGACACUGGGACAGCAAACAGUUUCCUGUACCGUUUGUUUAUGCACUACUGGCAUUUUGAAUUAUAUUUUAAUGAUUUUUUGUGGUAAUAUUUGUUUUAUAUGCUAUGUGUUUUAUGGGUGCACCGCAGUCCGGUGGAACGUUUUUUCGUUGGGUUGUAUGUACAGGCAGAUGACAAUAAACGUGAAUGAAGAGAUUCUGCAGACGCUGGGGAUCUCAGCAACGCACACAAAAUGUGGAGGAAUUUAACCGGUCAGGCUGAGGGGAAUAAAUGGUCGACCCUUCAUCAGGACCAGUUCUAACCCAACACGCUGACUGUUUAUUCCGCUCCGUAGAUUCUGCCUGACUUGCUGAGUUCCGAGUGAUAAAUAAUCGCCGGUCCGUGCUUGUCUGUAGCACUUUAAGCAAGGCUUUAAUUCAUAUUACAUUUUAUACGGCCCCGCUUUCGGUUCUCAGACUGUAUUUGGAUGGAUGGAUGUCACGACUGGUCUGAAAAGGAAAGACAGGAGCUGUGCCUGCGCAGUUGGUGUUAAUAAAGUUGACCGGGAAGCGGAAGUGACGCCUGGGUCGGUCGCAUGGCUGCUGAGGGUAGGUGCUGACACCGCCGCACGCCUGCGAGGAAGGCAAGUGGAAGAGAGUUUUGUUCGAUGCAAGUUCACGGCUGGUGGCUUGUUCUAAGAUAGAGAACAGUACAUUGAGUUGGAGAGAGAGGUGCAUGAGAAAGGGUGGAAUUGGAAGACCAAUUGAAAAGCAAUGACUUUGUACAAACCAACUGUAAUCCAGAAGUACCCAAAACUUGGUGAAGCUGUCACACGAGACACAGUUUACUGGAAAAAGUAUAAGGCUCCAGUUCAGAUCAAAGAGUUUGGUGCUGUGACAAACGUAGAUAUUUCUUCAGUUGCUCCCUACAACUAUGCAGUAACUGCCUCUACAAGGAUCCACAUAUAUGGGCGAUAUUCUCAGGAACCAAUAAAAACAUUCUCCCGAUUUAAUGAUACAGCAUACUGUGGCACAUAUAGAGAUGAUGGAAAGCUGCUUGUUGCAGGCUGCGAGGAUGGGAUUGUUCGUCUUUUUGAUGUUGAUGGGCGUGCAGCACUUAGACAGUACAGUGGACAUACAAAAGCGGUUCAAGUCACUGCAUUCUUAUCUGACAAAAAACGUUUAAUGUCUGGAUCAGACGAUUACUCUGUCCGUCUCUGGGACAUUCCAACUGCAGUGGAACUUCACACCUUUGCAGAACAUACUGAUUAUGUACGAUGUGGUUGCACUAGCAAUUUGAAUACAGAUCUCUUUGUUACAGGUUCAUAUGAUCAUACUGUGAAGGUGUUUGAUGCCCGAAUGGAUCAAAGCGUAAUGACAAUGGAACAUGGGCAGCCAGUAGAGAGUGUGUUGCUUUUUCCAUCAGGUGGACUUCUUGUAUCAGCAGGUGGUCGAUCUGUUAAAGUCUGGGACCUGUUAAAGGGAGGUCAGUUGUUGGCUUCUUUACGAAACCACCACAAGACUGUCACUUGUUUGUGUUUAAACAGUUCAGGGCAGAGGCUGCUCUCGGGUUCCCUUGAUAGGCAUGUCAAAAUAUACAGUACAUCGACAUACAAAGUAGUACACACUUUGAAUUAUGCAGCAUCCAUUCUGAGUUUAGCAUUAGCGCCUGAAGAUGAAGCCAUUGUUGUUGGAAUGACAAAUAGUGUCUUGAGUGUUCAACAUCGGAAACAGAAUGUAAAGAAGCACAAAGUGGUUGAUGCAAAAGCGAGAAGGGGACCUUCUUACAGAUAUUUCAUUAAAGGAAAAGAUUACAUGCCAGAAAAGGAUGACUUUUUGGUCAACAGGCCUAUGCGGCAGCACCUAAGCAAAUAUGACAGGCUAUUGAAGUCUUUCCAGGUGUCCCUUGCACUUGAUGCUGUAUUGAAGUCGCAUGUCAGGAUAAAGACCCCAGAAGUUACAGUUGGUGUAAUGCAAGAGCUUAAACGCAGAGGGACACUUCAAAAUGCACUGGCAGGACGAAAUGAGAAGCAACUUGCUGUCAUACUUGACUUUCUUAUCAGGAAUGUUGUUAAGCCGAGGUUCACUUCCAUUUUAGUAAAUGUUGCUGAGAUUAUUAUUGGUGUGUAUAGUUCUGUGAUCGGUACGUCACCAGUGAUUGACAAGCAGUUCAUAAACUUACAGCAACUGGUGGGAAAAGAGAUUGAUUAUCGGGAAGGUCUGCUUGGAGUGCUUGGAAUGAUGGACACACUUUUUGCCACCAUGACAACUAAAAAGGAAGCAGUUGUACCUGGAAGUCAGAUUUGUGCCUUAAUUUCUGGAGCUGCACAAGAAAAAACGACAACAAUUGCAUAGAGCCAGGCCUCUUCAUUGUCAGGUUUUAGUACACUAGUACAAAUUUAUCCUUGAAGCUCUCUGAUUUAAAAGCAAACAUUGUAGAAUGCUCUUGUGCAAUCGCCAAAAGCAAUGUUAUGUCUCUUUUCCAUUGGUUUAAUGUAAUACAUUGAUGUCAAGAAAAUGUAGGAUCAAUGAAUUUAAGAAUUUUAUUCAGAGAUAAAUAUUUUUGUAUGUUUUCUGAAGGAGCAACAAAUCAUUACCAAUUGUGAGGUUUCCCUUUUAACAUUUUAGGUGCUAAGUGAUGGACAAAAAUGCAGCUAUGUUCUGCAGAAAUGAUAAUCUAGAUCAGAGCCUCGUAUAAUGGACAAAUAAAGUUUAACUUAAAGGCAACAAUGUAACCAUGAUGCUGUAGCUAUUACAAUAAGACGAGCAAAAGCGCUGUAAAUUAGAGUACAGAGCCCAAAUUGUACACUGUUUUCUUGAAAUAUGUUCAGCAUAAAUAAAAAAAAAAAAAUUCUUUAUUGAGAGCUAGUUGUUAAGAUAGCUCCUGUUACUAGGAGGUAAAGACCCAGCACCAGUUGCUUACUGUCUAGCAAGCAAUUGCUAAAUUGAGUCGAACUUCGUAAAUUCAUGGAUCUUGUAACAUUUGGUUGCUUAUUGGAUAAAUAUUUGUGAGCAUGUAAAGGUCAAGAGAGUUUGAAGAAGUGUCCUGAGGAAGCUAACCUUAGUCAAGUGAUGGAUGAGCAAUUAUCUUUACCUUUCCUGGCAAAAUGCAACCAUUUUCUUUCCCAAUUGUUAUCCAUUAUUAACUUCACACCAAAAGAUUUUGACUGAGAAGAUCAACCUCUCCUAUCAUCUUAUUUAAGAUCAAAAAGUUAGUCAUCUUGCUGAGUUACCUUUAAAGAAAUCUCAUGAAAUUUUGCCUUGUAUUGGAAGUGCUGUAUUCUUGAGAAUCCUUUACAAUUGAGAAGAAUGAGCCAGUGAAAUAGUUAUUUAUCAGUGUUCCUACAAGAAGUUUUAUCUUGAUGGGAAGGUCUCAGAAUUUGCUGCAAAAGCGAUUUGAAAACACACUCUUUGAAAAUAUUCUGCACAGUAAAUAAGUUUUGAGAUAGAAAUAUAAAAGUAGAAUGCUUGAUAUGGUGGUCAUUGUGAACAAAUGUUGGUCAUUGUGAAUAAAUGUUAUUUCAACAAGUA